CCCAGGGCCUCCUCCUCUCGCCACAUCCUUCCUUGCACACCUCCCCGAGGGGUCUCCCCUCUUCUGCGCCCUUGUCCCCAUCUGCGCCCCUCAGACCCUCAAGGGGCCGGGCCAUCGCUCCCCACCCCUCCAGCUCCCAGCCCUGCCUGUGGGGCCUGGAACCGGCAGAGGAAAUGACUGAGCCGCUCUGGUCCCCGCCUGCCCGCCGGCGCCUGCGCCCCUGGCCACACCCUCCGCCCCGGCUCCCACGCGGUGCUUUCACACUCCAGGCGAGAGACCCUGGGCUCGGACAUGUCACCGUCCAGUCGUCUGUGUCUCCUCGCCAUUGUCGCCCUGGUUCUGCCCAGCAGAGGGCAGACACCAGAAAAGCCCACACCUGGCUUUGCAGUGGACCAAACUCCCGUGAACCCUCAUGCCCCAGACCCUGUUUUUACUCCAGUUCCUGAAAGCAGCCCAGAAGUCUGGCCCACGCCUUCCAUCCCUAGCAGGGGCGCUGAUGAUGCCACAGGAAGCCAGACAGCAGCCACAACUGAGAGCCAGCAACCGACAGGAGUGCACGCUGCUAAUCCAGUGACAGAUCCAAAGACACAUAGGAGCAGCCAGGAAGGUACCACCACACUCCCCCGGAUCAGGACUCCGUUCCACCGGAAGGACCUGCCAGAAUCGAAUAAGAACAACCCCUUCAAAUACGAAUCAAAUAAGAAUGACCCCUUCAAAUACGAUGAGGGCACUCUGCGAAAACGGGGGCUCCUGGUGGCAGCCGUGCUGUUCAUCACUGGCAUUAUUAUCCUCACCAGUGGGAAGUGUCGCCAGUUUUCUCGGAUGUGUCUGAAUCGCCACAGAGCCUACAGAGUGAUCAAGCCAUAAAGAUCCUUGAAGGAAGAGGCCCCUGGCGGGAGCCGGGUCUAGGCUGAUGGUCUCCCCGCCCUGAGGGUGCCUGGCUCUUCAGGCACUGCUGUGCCCCUCUGUGCUGUUGGGAUAAAUCGACACGGUCUCUCUUCCACG